AUGUUCACUUCACUCGCCUUCUUCAUCGCCCUCGCGGUCGCCGCUCCCGCGCCCUCAUCGGUCCAGUCCGCCCCACCUGCGUACACGACAGACACGCCGAUCAGUCUUGACCUCAAUUCUCCGACGUACGUCGAGCCGGCCAGCACCCACGGUGGACUGGAUGCCGGACCACAACCCAUUCGUGGAGGGCUUGGGGCCAACAUCAUCGGGCAAAAUAACGCCGAGCUCGCGAUGCAGAACGCCGACACCCUGGCGCCACCCACAACGGAUGAGGGCAGCGUAGGCAACCCGAAGUGGCCGUUUUCGUUGAGCCACAACCGUUUACAGACGGGCGGAUGGGCCAGACAGCAGAACACUAAAGUGUUCCCUAUUGGAGAAAAGAUGGCUAGCGUCGACAUGCGUCUAGAGAAAGGCGCCAUACGAGAGUUCCACUGGCACACUACGGCAGAAUGGGCGUACGUCUUAUCGGGUACGACGCAAGUAACUUCGGUCGAUACCGAUGGGCGCAACUAUGUGGCGAACGUCAACGCAGGCGACUUAUGGUACUUUCCGCCGGGUGUGCCGCAUUCGUUGCAGGGGCUCAGCGACGAAGGCACCGAGUUCCUUCUGGUCUUUCCUGACGGUUCUUUCGAUGAGGACGGCACACUCCUCUUGACCGACUGGCUCUCACAUACCCCCGUUGAAGCUUUGUCUAAGAACUUUGGUCUGCCGCCGUCGGCAUUCGCCAGAGUGCCAUCGCAGGAGCUGUACAUCUUCCCAUCCGAGGAACCGUCGACAGAUGUCCCUCCCGAGGACCCGUACGGGCAGAUCCCGAGCCCUUUCACAUACGCCUUCUCGCAGGUUAACGCAUCCGCCGCGCCAGGUGGGACCUUCAAGAUCGCAGAUUCAACUGUCUUCCCCAUCGCGACCAAGAUAGCCGUAGCGCAGGUGACUGUGGAGCCCGGCGCGAUGCGGGAACUCCAUUGGCAUCCUCAGGAAGACGAAUGGGGCUACAUCCUCUCCGGACAGGCGCGCAUUACCAUCUUUUCGGGGUCCAGCAAUGCGGGCACUUUCGAUUUCCAGGCAGGCGACAUUGCAUAUAUCCCUGCCGCGGACGGACACUACGUCGAAAACAUCGGGAAUGAGACGUUGAAGUACCUCGAGGUGUUCCGUACGGCCAAGUACGAGGACGUGAGCUUGAGGCAGUGGUUGGCAACCGCGCCCCCGGCGCUGGUGAAGGCGCAUCUUGGCUGGAACGACUCGACAAUUGCGCAGUUGGGCAAGACAAAGCAAGUGGUUGUUGCACCGUAUACACCCUGA